AUGCAGCGACGAAUGCUGCGACAACAAUUGCAGCAACAAAUGCCAUGGCGGAUGCAGCGACAACAAAUGCAGUGAUGAUUGUGGCGACAACAAAUGCAGCAACAAAUGCGGCGACAACAAAUGCAGUGACGAAUGCAGCGGCAACAAAUGCAGUGACGAAUGCAGCGGCAACAAAUGCAGUGACGAAUGCAGCGGCAACAAAUGCAGCGGCAACAAAUGCAGUGACGAAUGCGGCGGCAACAAAUGCAGCAACAAUAAAUUCAGCAACAAACACAAAUACUAAUGCAACCACGAGAACGACGACAAUAGUUGUUCCGGCUACACCAGCAGUGACAAGAAACCCAACAACAGUGCUGAGAACGACACAAAUCGGAACCACCGCCCUAAGUGCAACUGUAAUAACAAGAAGAGUAACGUUCCGAUCGCUUCAGAGCACUUUUAGCAGCGACUUGCUCAACUCAUCAUCACCUGCUUUCCGAGCAAGAGCGGCGAUGAUAAGAAUUCAGCUUCAACCUUUAUUCCAAAACGCAUUCCCUUCCACCUUCAAGCUGCUGACCAUUGUGGCGUUCAGAAGCGGCUCGGUCAUCAACGACAUGGACCUGCAGUUUGCGAACACGUCACCAAACAACACGGAGAUUGCUCAAGUUUUGACCACCGCCUCGUCGAUCGUUGCCGGUUUCGACAUCGAGCUGGCGUCCAUCACCGUGGAUGGAAUAGUUUCAAGUGGCGCCCCCCUGAGAAUCAGUGUGGUCACUGCAGGCUGCCUGCUCAUACUUUCCUGGCUCCUAUCACAACAAUAGCGUUCCAUCUAUGUGUUUAUGCAUGAAAAAAGCAACUUUGGUGAAAUAAUUCAAUCACUAAGACUGUUUUGAAUGCACUUCCUAAUGUAUUUAUAUGAAAUGUAACUGCAAAACUAAUAUAUAUUAAUAAACAGUGUGAUAUUUAAAAUGGCA